GUCCUUUAAAUAUUCUGCAAAUAGAUCGGUCUGCGUUUGAAGCCUACAAGGGCCUCUGCUGUCCGGACAGCAAGUGGGAGUUCGUUCUACCAUCUUGGAGCCAGGACAGAAAAUAGCCUCGAUGCUUGUCGUCCAUGAGACCCGAAGCACGACCUCUACGAAAUGAAGAUCAAAAUUUUCUUCAUUGCUUCCUUUACCCCGUUUCUCCUUUCUCUGUUACGGUCCGGAGUCUAGAUCGGGGCGUCAUAAAUGCAAUGUAAACUGUCAUGUCGUAGAGUGGACAAAUAAAAAAAUCGCGGGGAAAAAGAUACAAAGUAAACCUCUCUUAGUAAAGCUGCAAGAGUAUUAAGCUUAUGUGCAACCUCUCGUGUGGAAGGAAUAUAUUCAACAUUGUAAAAAUCAGACUUCCCAGUUUAAAUGUGCGGAGGUGUCUGUAUGUUUUUCUGUUAACUUCAAAGUGUUCGUUGUCUACAGUCUGCUAACCUCAGGUGUGAACUCAUAUAAAGCCACACAGCUGAAGAUGGAGCUUGUUUAUGUCCUUUUUUUCUUUUUUAUAUGCUCUGCAGGUUGCUUACCUGCCAGUAAUUGGUAUAUGACUGUACCUGACAUGGUUACAGGGAAAUUGGGUAAAGAUGUACUCCUGCCCUGCAACUUUACACCUCCAGCUCAAAAAGAACAGGAAAGUUUAACAGUUAUUUGGCGAACCAAAUUCCAUUACACUGGACCAGUCAUAUUUAGCUGUCUAAGCAAGACAGACAUGUCUGAAACUGGACAGAACUGCUCCAAAUCACACGGACGUUACUCAUUACUUGGCAACCCAAGAAGUAACAACAUUUCUCUGAGGAUCAAAGACGUCACAUUCAUGGAUGAAAAAACGUAUUUCUGUCGUAUUCAGUUGAGUAAAUCAGGCAGCUUUGAAACUCUAACAGGAACCAGACUAAACAUACACGUGGCUCCAGAGCUACUGUCCAUUUAUAUACAAACGCGUGCAUCAGGGGAACAGCUUGUGACAUGUGAUGUUAAGGGGUCACCUCCUCCAACCGUGAUGUGGAUCAUGCCUGAGAACAUAAGUGCACCCUCCGUAUCGGUGCAGAGCACCUGUUGUAGUGCAUCAUCCUCUAUUGCAUAUAAGCCCAACACCAACUACACCUGCCAGAUACAUGGAGAGAAUGGGCUGCAACAUCAGACAAUUUACUUCCAGGCAGCCACGGAGCCAAAGGGUCAGGUCUCCUGGCCACUUUUCUUUACCUUUGUGACUCUUUCAGGGGUUUUCUGCAUCGUUUCAGUCAUUUUGGCAGUAUUGUAUAUAAAAGGGCUUUUGGGGAUUAUGGAGACUACACAACACAGUAGGGCAAGAGACCUGUUUCAAAAAAAUGAAGUCAUUUAUGAGAAUACGAACAUUAUUAGGAACUGCAUCUGAACAGAUAUACAUCACUCAUCAUCUGAAAGAGAUCUCAUUUCUCUGAGCUAUUGUAUCAAUUCACUUUAAGAUGAUAGUAAAUGUAUCUUUCUUUGUAAUACAGGGUGGAUGGAACAAUUUUUUUAAAGUAUUUGAAGAUUACAAAUAAAAAUAAUGAGGUUAUGCUUAAAAUGUUGUUAUACAGAUUUUCUUUUUCAAAUUAGAUUUACAUGUAAUUUUGAUAUGCUUUUAAAUUAUUUGCUUUCAUUUACAUUUACG